UCGCGAGCAAACGCUACCCGCGGUACAUCCCGCUGAGCUGCUUCAGCACGCAAGGCUCCUGAAAAAAGCCUACGAACGCGAAAGGCCUCCACCAGAAAAGGCCCCCUUCCCUCCCCCUCGUUCUUCAACGUAUCGUGCGACAGAAACCAAAGUGGUUCCAAGCCAGACGUUUGCGGUCGGUGGCGGUAUCGGUGACGACUGCAGGUCACCGAAACGGUCAUUUCUUUGCGCCGUCUCUUGGACUGGGCGACGUUGCUCAAGAACUUGUCGCCUGUGCUGCAGUGGUAGGAGCAGCGGUGCCAGCAGUGUGUGCGCGCUGGUUGUAGCAAAGGAAGGGUGAAGACAUAGAGAGAAGCAAAAAAAAAAACACAACAACAAACCAUCGAUCGAGAGUGUACGAAUGUUUUUGAUUUGCCCAUUUUGCAUCGCAAAAACCUGCUGCUUGGUGUGUUGUUUGCACUUGCGACAAACUUGCAGCUGGAUAGCUAAUUGAGGUGCUGCCAUAAAACAUAUCGAACCAUUUGGUCUGUACAGUACGGUCUGGCGAUAAGACGACAAAGGAGUGCAACCAUUACGGCAACCAUCGUACGAUACAUCGCAGAAGCACUGUAAACAAUCCGCUGCUGGUGGCCAGCCAUACGGCUUAAGCGCACAUCCGGCUUGCGAGAUGGCAGAACCGAAUGCGCUGCCACCGGAUGUGAACCCGGAAAACAAUCCCAUCCCCGGUGCACCGCUAAUCAAUCCCGGACGGCCAAGAAACAAUGUGCAGAAUCCCCUAAUAAACGUGCGCGAUCGGUUGUUUCAUGCGCUUUUCUUCAAAACGGCCAUCGCCUACGCCCAAACUAUACCACGACCGGUGCGGCGGGCAAUCGAGCUGAUGAUGCUGCUGAAAGCGCUCACGGCGUUUUUCAUCCUUGCCUACAUCCACAUUCGCUUUUCGCAAACACCAACAACGUGCCUGGAGCACGUGAAAAAUCAUUGGCCGCGUGAUGGCAUUUUACGUGUGGAAAUUGCAAGUCUUAGUCAAAGUGAGUACGAUGGUAGCAAGCCAGGCUCGGCCGAAAUUUUGGACGAAGGUGACGUGAAUGUGUUGCGGAAUACGCUAAAAAAUGGAAUGAUCAGCAUCGAUCCUUCGACGACGUUACCGCAUGAGGAAGAAACCAAUCAAAACGGGGUGGAUGUGGUGGUGCAGCACAGUUAUGCCAAUAGCAGCCCGCUACCAAGCGAAAAGGCACCGUACGGACAUGAGCCGAUGACGUCGGAUCUUUACUCUGCUACGCGCCAGGAGAACGUGAUCGUGACCGAAAAUCUUACCGGAGUUACAAUUGACAGUACACCGUACCCGGGUGGUAACGAGAUGGCAGGUAAGGAGUCUGAUACAGUACAGAAUCGGAAGGAAUCGGAAGCAUCUCCUGCUGCUGCUGCUGCUACUACUACUAAUGCCGCUACCAUGCUGGGAGAGACAGAAGCUCAGCCACAGGACAAUGUGGUGGUAUACACCAAUGAGACUAUCAUGAAGUCGCUCGAUCUGCCGUCCGUUUUGGUUGGAGGAGAAGAACUCAAAUCGGACGUACCGGUGAUGGAAAAGCUGCGUAAUGUUGGUACGCAAAAUGAUCCAACAAUGCUCUCGGCCGAUCAGUACAUUGUAGAAUAUUCGCUUGAGUAUGGAUUUUUGAGGCUGUCUGCCGCUACCCGUCAACGGCUAAACAUUCCCGUUGCGGUCGUUCGGCUCGAUCCGCAGGUGAACAAAUGUUUCGGGGACUCGUUUAGUCGGCUGAUUUUGAAGCAUUUCCUCGGCUACGAUGACAUACUGAUGGCAUCGGUAAAGGUGCUAGCCGAGCAAGAAGACAACAAGGGCUAUCUGCGGAACGUGAUCACCGGUGAGCACUUCCGGUUCGUGUCGGUAUGGUGGAUGGGGCGCGGCUCAUAUACGGCAGCAUUUUUCAUCAUGGUGCUUUUUACAAUUUCAAUUUCCAUGCUGUUGCGCUAUUCACAUCAUCAAAUAUUUGUAUUUAUAGUGGAUUUGCUGCAAAUGCUGGAGUUCAACAUACCGGUCCGGUUUCCUGCCGCUCCGUUGCUGACCGUUAUUUUGGCAUUAGUCGUUUCAGCUUACACCUGCCCGUUUCCAUGUCGCAACGGCCGGCACACGGGGCGGGUGGGACUGCAACGGAGCGCGAAUAAUCCGUACAAAUUGAUGUGGAAUAAAUCUGCCCUGGCUUUAGGAUUUUGGCGGCAUGAAGGAGGGGGCGAUGAUCCCGCAGCCUCAACUGGUUGCGUGGGAUGAUUCGAAAGAUAGUGG